CCCUGGAGGAGGAAAUGGCAACCCACUCCAGUAUUCUUGCCUGGAAAGUCCCACGGACAGAGGAGCCCAAUGGGCUACAGUCCACACGGUCACAGAGCGUCAGAUAGGACUGAGCCACAGCAUGGUCACACGCCAAGCUCAGUGGGGAUGUGGUUGAGGGUCAGGGUCUGAGAGAUGGUUGGAAGCAGAUGAGGACCUGGACUGGAGAUAGGGUUUGGGAUGCUCUCAGAGCAUCAGACGUCCCUGGAGCUCACCUGGUAAGAAGAUGCAGAAUGGCGUCUCCAGGAGAAGCACAGGGAGGAGGAGGGGCAGGAGGCUGCCUGGGAGCUUGGGAGGGCACAAAGAGCUGGGGACCAGGAGAGCUUAUGGGGGUCAAGGGAAGGGAAGUUUCUAGAAGGACACAGGCUACUGUGUCAAGGCCCUCAGACUCCCCCAGACUUGCCACCUAACACUGACUCUGUCACUUUGCCAGAAGAGCUGCUCCUGUGUGUGUGUGUGUAUCUGGGUGAGUGGUUAUCUCUUUAAAUGGCUGCUAGGAGAGGGGGGGUUCUGGAAUUCUGCCUCAUAGAGACAUAGUCUCCCUUCUCUCACACCUCUGGGCCCUGUCCAAGAACCCUGGGGGAGCUGGGGGUGAGUCAUUUAGUCUUGCAGGCGUGAUCCUUGGCAGCAGUCCCCCUGGCAUGGGGGUGAAGCGGAGCCUUCGGAGCGGGGGCACCAUGCUGGGCUUCUUGGCCAACUCCUUCAUCGUUCUGUCCACUGCCUCCAACUACUGGAUCCGCUACUCCGGGGGCCACAGUGGCCUUUGGGAGGAGUGUAACGAGGGCAUCUGCUCCAACAUCCCCUGCGAUAGCACGCUGGCGGUGACCGGGGCGUGCAUGGUGCUGGCGGCGGGCUGCGGCAUCAUGGGCUUGGUGAUGGGGCUGCGGCUUCUGUGCAGUGAGGGCUACUCGCGGGGUCAGACCAUGUGUGCCGUAUUCUUUAUCUCGGGCCUGCUUCUGCUGAUCGCCCUGACAGUCUACACAGUGAAGAAUGCAUGGAAAGACGAUGUCUUCUAUUCCUGGUCCUAUUUUUUGGGAUGGCUGGCUUUACCCUUCUCUAUUCUCGCGGGUAACCUGGAGAGCGGAAGAGGGUGGAGAGGAGACUUCCCCGAGGGCCCCACCCCGCUCCUUGCAGAGACUUCCCAGCUGCCAUCCCAGGGACUUCCUAACACCCUCCACUCUGGGCCCUUGGAGCCCCAAACCCCAGUCCCCGGGGCCCUCCUGGUCAUCUACGCCAGGACCCACCCUGCUCCACCCGCCUUCCGUUCCCCUUCCUGCCAGGCUUCUGCUUUCUGCUGGCGGACAUGAUCAUGCAGAGCACGGAUGCCAUCAGUGGAUUCCCCGUGUGCUUAUGACCGCAGCUGCCUGGGGGCAGAAUAAAGGAUUGGCUCCCACUGCCA